AUGUCUGGAAAAGGGAAGAGGCGAAGCGCUAGAUUGUUGAAGCUGGAAGAGGAGAAGAACGACGGCGACUCCGCCGGCGUCUGCCUCCUUGAUCCUUGGCAAAUAAUCCGGAACAGCAUUUCCGAUAACUCAACAAGCCAAAGCUCAGUUGGGCAAAUCAUCGAGUAUAUCCUUGACGAAUUGGAGCUGAGAGAUCGGCAUGAGUUGUUUGCGAUGCCAGAUGACAUCCAGGUGACUGACUAUGCAGAGAGAGUGAGCAGGCCCGGUGACUUUGCUACACUGAGGCAGAAGAACAAAGAUGGCAUGUACACGGCACUAGAGCAAUUUGAGAACGAUGUUUACAUGGUGUUCCAGAGAGCAAUAACGAUGAACAGCCAGAACACCGUGCCUUUCAGAGAGGCGAUGUCACUGCUAGAUCAAGCCAAGCAAGUGUUCAUGUCCCUGAAGAACAACCAGAUGUUCUCGGAGACGGAGCUCGCGGCAUGGCGCAAGAGGUACCUAGACCAGCUGCAGCAGCCGAUCACGCCGGAGGGAAGAGAGGUGGGCAACAGGGGUCCACCACGCCACGCAGCUGCUACGCCAUCGAAGCUGCCCGCCACCACGCCGAGGAAGAAGAGCGCCGCCGAGACGAAGAAGCAGGAGAACGCCAGCGCCGGCGCCGGCGGCAACACCCCGGAGAACCAGAGAGCAAGGCAGCGAGGCGCCAAGGAGAGCAAGGGCACGGCGCCGGGAAAGAAGGCGAGAAAAGCUGAGACGUGGUUCGCCGGAGAUGCAGCAACGACGGCGGGCGCUGCCGGCGCCAGCGUGGUGGCGCGAAGGAGGCUCACGUACAAUGAAGGUGCUGGCGCCGAUCAAGGCUGGCGAACCAUGGCGAGGCCUGUUUUCCAGGGCCGGCACGUUACCUUCAAUAGUCUGCCGCAGGAGCACACGUAUCGCAACAGCCUGCACGGGUUCGUGCGGCACGCGGGGCUCAAGGCGCGCGUGGCCGCCGAGUUCAGGACGCUCGAGUGCGUCGCGCGCGCCAGGCACAGCCACGUGCCGCAAUGCUGGAACGGCUUCGCUCCCGGCGCCGGCUUCCUCCCACCGACGCCGCGUCCCCUGGGCGCAGCCGCCGCCGCCGCCCCGGAGGCGACCCCAGCGCGACCGCCGUCGGCUGCCGACCUGGCGGCGGCGGCGCCCGAGUGCAAGCUGGAGACGGACGAGGUGCUCAAGCUCUUCGUGCUCAUGGGCACGCCCGCCGCGUUCUUGGAAAGGGCCAAGAAAAUGUUCGGCGAAGGCGAGCGCGAGGAGAGCGCAAGAAAGGAUGGGCAGGGGCAGGCGACCAGGGCUGCCGACGGGGCGAGGGUUGGCGCGGCGACGGCGGCCGAGACCGGGCAGAAGAGAGGCGCGAGCGAGCCAUCGGCGGCCGCCGCCGCGUGCGGGCCGUUCGCGCCGCCCAAGCUGGUCCCCGGCCGGCUGGGCUUCGGCCAGUUCGCCGGCUCUUCUGCGCAGCCGUUCAAGCUGAAGUCGAAGCCUUCGACGUCGUCGAAUGCUGCCAGCAAGAAGAAAAUUUCGUGA